AUGGAAAAUCCAUCUAAAUACUAUUCCCAACAAAAGGAACCAAUCAACAAUGAGAAACCCUAUGUAUGUGGAGUUUGUAACAGAAGAUUCGCUGUAAAAUAUAAACUGAACGAUCACAAACGGUUGCAUACUGGUGAAAAUACUUUCGAGUGUGAGAUUUGCAAAAAUAAGUUUAGUACGAAAGGGAACUUGAUCAAGCACAAAAAGUUGCAUACUGGGGAAAAACCUUUUGAGUGUGAGAUUUGCAAAAAAAAGUUUACGAGGAAAGGGAAUUUGAACGAUCACGAAAAGUUGCACACUGGUGAAAAGCCUCACGAGUGUGACAUUUGCGAAAGGAAAUUUACGACAAAACAGAACUUGAACGAGCAUAAAAAAACUCACACUGGUGAAAAACGUCACAAGUGUGAAAUUUGCAAUAAAAAAUUUACGAAGAAAUGGUACUUUAACGAGCACAAAAAGUCGCAUACUGGUGAAAAGCCUCAUGAGUGUGAAAUUUGCAAAAAGAAGUUCACGAUGAAAGCCAGAUUGAAGGAACACAAAAACUUGCAUAAUGGUGAAAAGCCUCACGAGUGUGACAUUUGCGAAAAGAAAUUUACGACAAAAUCGCACUUGAACGAGCAUAAAAAGUUGCACACUGGGGAAAAACGUCACGAGUGUGAAAUUUGCAAAAAAAAGUUUACGAAGAAAUGGAACCUCAACGAGCACAAAAACUUGCAUACUGGUGAUAUGCCUCACGAGUGUAAAAUUUGCAGAAAAAAAAUUAAGUUUUUAGUGAACUUGAACAAGCACAAAACGUUGCACACUGGUAGAAAUUUGCACAUUCGUGAUAGUCCUCACGAGUGUGAAAUUUGCACAAAGAAGUUUACGAAAAAAUGGUACCUCAACGAGCACAAAAACUUACAUAGUGAAAAGCAUCUCGAGUGUGAAUUUUGCAAAAAGAAGUUCACAACGAGAGGGAACAUGAACAGGCACAAAAAGUCGCAUACUGGUGAAACUCACGAGUGUGAAAUUUGCAGAAAGAAGUUUACAUUGAAAAUGAAUUUGAACAAGCACAAAAAGGUGCAUACUGGGGAGAAACCCUUUGAGUGUGAAAUUUGCCACCAAAGGUUUACCACAAAACAGUCAUCGAACAAUCACAAGAUUCUGCAUACUGGUGUAAAGCCUUUCGAAUGCGAAACUUGUAACAAAAAGUUUACCUCGAAAAAAGACUUGAAUUGGCACAAAAAGGUACAUACUGGUGAAAAACCUUCAUUUCGAUGUGAAAUUUGCCCCAGUAAGUUUUUCUUGGAAAAAAACUUCGCUCAGCACAACCUUCUGCAUCACAAGAUUCUGCACGACGAUGAAAAACCUUUGGAGUGCGAUAUAUUCUAUGAACAAUGUUCCAAUGAAGAGGAUUCGUGUUUGCCCAUCGAUUCUCAAGUGAAAAGUGAAUUUGACAGUGUUGCUGUCGAACAGGAAUUCAAGAUCGAAUUCGAACAUAAUGAUCUACAAGCAGACAAUCCAGAAUACGUGGAAAUAAAACAAGAAUAUAAUUGA